UUUAAGUUAAAGUCGUCUAAAGAUGUUGCUGAAGUCGUUACUGUUAUUAGGCUGCGUGGCUCUUAUCCACGGAGCUGCCCUCCAGGAACAGGAAGAGGCCGCUGAGACAAUAGUGAACAUUCUCAAUGAGGAGCAGAUGGCAAAGUUUUUGGCUGAAAAUCCAGACGCUAUUAAGUUGAACCGUGAAGUUUCUAUUCAGGGAAGAGCUGAUUACACUGUGUAUAAGCUUACAUGGACUCUAGGAGCCCGCAAGAGCGGUGACACAAAUGUGUACAACGGUUACAGUGACUAUAUCUGGUUCGAGCAGGCUUCAAACCCUCAAAUUAUUGUGACUUAUCCCAAAGAAGGCACCGGCAAAGUUGUCACCCACGUGUCCAUUGAAACCAAGCAAUCAUCCACUUCAGGAGAGGCUUACGUAUCCGCCGGUGGUAUUGGUCAACGCACCAUUCAAUUUUACGUGCGUGGCUAUAACACCAUCUUCUAUGCCUGGGACAUUAACAUCUAUGGCCAAUAAAAGAAUUGUUGCCUUAAGUGUUUUAAAAAUAAACUCAAGCGUAUAACAA